AUGGCUGACGACAAAGAAGUUGAGAAAACGAUUGCAGAGGACUUGGUUGUAACCAAGUACAAAUUAGCGGGGCAAAUUGUGAACCGCGUUUUAGAGCAAGUAAUAGCGAAAUGUGUACCAGACGCUUCAGCAAGGGAAAUUUGUGAGUUUGGUGAUAAGUUAAUAUUAGAAGAGACAUCUAAGGUAUUCAAAAAAGAGAAAGACUCCAAGAAGGGUAUCGCAUUUUCGACAUGUGUGUCCGUGAACAAUUGUAUAUGUCAUUUUUCUCCAAUUCAUAAUGAAACUGAUUACAUUUUAAAACAAGGUGAUCUUGCAAAAAUAGACCUUGGUGCCCACAUAGAUGGCUUCAUUGCUGUUGUUGCACACACUGUCGUUGUUGGAGGUGGAGAAGUCACUGGACGUGCUGCCGAUGUUCUUCUUGCAGCAUAUCUUGCUAGUGAAGCCGCCUUGAGACUAUUACGGCCAGGAAAUGAGAAUCAUGCAAUAACAGAUGUUGUACAAAAGAUUAGUGCAGAGUAUGCAUGUAAACCUGUUGAGGGUAUGUUGUCUCACCAAUUAAAGCAAUUCCGUAUUGACGGCGAGAAGAGUAUAAUUCAAAACCCUUCUGAAGCACAACGCAAGGAGCAUGAAAAGGCUACUCUUGAAACUUAUGAAGUGUAUGCCAUGGAUGUGCUUGUUUCUACUGGAGAGGGUGUGGGCCGAGAAAUGGACACAAGGUGUACGAUAUAUAAAAAAACUGACGAAGUUUAUCAACUAAAAUUGAAAGCAGCAAGAAUGUUCUAUAGUGAGGUUCGCAAUAAACAUGGCUCUAUGCCAUUCAACUUGCGUAGCUUUGAUAAGGAAACAAGUGCAAGAUUGGGUGUAGUUGAAUGUGUGAAUCACAAGCUUAUUGAGCCCUUCCAGGUGCUCUACGAACGUCCUGGAGAGUUAGUAGCGCAAUUCAAAUUUACAGCUCUACUUCUACCCAGUGGCACACACAGAAUCACUGGAUUGCCUUUCGAUAAGAGUUUGUGCAAGAGUGACCGCUCCAUUAAAGAUCCAGAACUUAAUUCACUCCUGAAUUCCUCUGCAAAAUCCAACAAGAAGAAGAAAAAGAAAACUGGUGCUGAAGAAGCAAUGGAGGUUGAAACUGCUGCC